GUGCCAGGCUGAGUCAAGUCAAAGAAACCAGUGUGGAAUUCACAAGUCAUUCAGCUGAAAGAAGGUCCAUGACGUCAAGAAUCGUUGGCGGAGCUGCAGGGACCAGUUCCGCAAAGAGAUGCUGCACCAGGGGCGGAGUGGUUCCGGGCCCCCAAAGAAAAGGCCAUAUAUGUUUAGAAAACAACUCAUGUUCCUCCGUGAGGUCAUGAAGCUGCGUCCAACUGAGGACAACCUAGAGGAGGAAGGGGAUGAGUUGGCCCCGCAGCAAUCCAGUGCCUGCGAGAAAGACACUCCCUCUGGGCCAGUGGAGAGUGCCCCAGGACCCAGCAUCGCACCAUCCAGGCCUCUAGCUGCACCUGGAGGCAAUUCCCCUCCCUCUUUGGCUCUACCCAGCCAGGCCAGACGACGGGCAAUGCCUCCUGCCGAAUCUCUGAUUAAUACACAGGUUUGGGAUUAUUUAUCUAGAGCCCGGCAGGAGGAUCAUUUUGACCUGUUUGCCUGUAGUCUGGCCCAUUAUUUGCGCCGGCUGCCUUCAGAACGAGUUCUGAGAACCAAAUCGGCUCUCGGAAUCGUUCUGGAUGCUGCAACUACCCCCAACGACCCUACCGAAAUGUUUGGGGCCCUGGAAAAUUGGCGCCUCCAUGGGCACAUGUUUGGCCCCCAGCCAAUGCCAAUUUCCCAGGGCUCACAGCCUCCACCACAACUCCCUCCUCCAAGGGGUCAUUAUAGGCCACCUAGUCGCCCAUAUGGCACACAUUAUCAGGUGGAUUCCUCAUAUGGGCAGCCUGUCCCCACCUCCUCACAAGCUGCCUCAUCGCAGUACUCUGGGCCCCCCUUCCCAACCAGCCUACCCUGGCCCGCAGUUUCAGGGCACACCCGCGCCAUCUGGGCGUUUUAUUAA